CAUGGCGCCGCCGGGGGCAGCCGCUGCGCUCGUCUCUGCUGCCGCCCUUCUCCUCCUGCCGCUGGCGAGCGCGGGGUUGAGCGGCUACUUCGGCACCAAGUCCCGCUACGAGGAGGUGAACCCGCACCUGCUGAGUGACCCGCUCUCGCUGGGUCCCGCCGCCGCGUCGCGGCUGCCCGCCGCCUGCGCGCCGCUGCAGCUCCGCGCCGUGCUCCGCCACGGCACCCGCUACCCCACGGCCGGGCAGAUCCGCCGCCUGGGUCAGCUGCACGCUCGCCUCCUCCGCAGCCCCGCCGCCGCAGACUGCCCCGCCGCCGCCCACCUGGCCGCCUGGCAGAUGUGGUACGAGGAGAGCCUCGACGGGCGGCUGGCGCCGCAGGGCCGGCGCGACAUGGAGCACCUGGCCCGCCGCUUGGCCGCCCGCUUCCCCGCCCUCUUCGCCGCCCGCCGCCGCCUGGUGCUGGCCAGCAGCUCCAAGCACCGCUGCCUGCAGAGCGGCGCUGCCUUCCGCCGCGGGCUCGGGCCUUCCCUCAGCCUCGGCAGCGACGAGGUGGAGGUUGAAGUUAACGAUACCUUGAUGCGGUUUUUCGAUCAUUGUGCCAAGUUUGUUGCCUUGGUGGAAGAGAACGAUGUGGCAAUGUGCCAGGUGGAUGCCUUCAAAGAGGGGCCGGAGAUGAGGAAGGUCUUGGAGAAGGUUGCGAGUGCCUUGUGUUUGCCAGUGGAGGAGCUGAACGCAGAUCUUGUUCAAGUGGCUUUUCUCACCUGCUCAUAUGAGUUGGCAAUAAAAAAUGUGACCUCCCCAUGGUGUUCACUCUUCAGUGAAGAAGAUGCUAAGGUGCUGGAAUAUCUGAAUGACCUGAAGCAAUACUGGAAGAGAGGAUAUGGCUAUGAUAUCAAUAGUCGUUCCAGCUGCGUUUUAUUCCAAGAUAUCUUCCAGCAUUUGGACAAAGCGGUGGAAGAGAGCAAAAGUUCAAAACCCAUUUCUUCACCUUUGAUUGUACAAGUUGGACAUGCAGAGACGCUUCAGCCACUGCUUGCCCUUAUGGGUUUCUUCAAAGAUGAUGAGCCUCUCAAGGCAAACAACUACAUCAGACAAGAGCAUCGGAAAUUUCGCAGUGGCCGGAUCGUGCCUUAUGCUGCCAACCUGGUAUUUGUGCUUUACCACUGUGAUCAAGUGAACACCUCUAAAGAAGAGUAUCAAGUGCAGAUACUGUUGAAUGAAAAACUCUUGUCAUUUCAUCACUCAAAUGAAACCAUCUCCACUUAUGCGGACCUCAAGGACUAUUACAAGGACAUCCUGGAAAACUGCCACUUCAAAGAGGAGUGUGAAUUGCCAAAAGUUAAUAUUACCACUAUUGAUGAACUUUGAGGGAAUGAAACGGAGUGGCUGUUGUGCAAAUUGAUCUCAGUUCUGUUCAACCAACAUUGGUGAAUAAGCACUUUUGAUGAUUUGCUGCUGCUGUGUUGGCUUUCUAAACUUGCAGAUUUGAUGGGUUGUCUCAGCUCAGUGCACUGUUUAUUACAUAAGCAGAAUUACAAAACCAAAUGCUGUAAGAGGGAUGUUGAUGAGCAUUUUUGUAACAGAUAAGUGGUGUCAGAUGAAGGGUACCUGCAUGUUAAUGUCUGAAUAAGUAAUUUCAUUGGUCAUUCAUUUUAGUAAUGUGCCGUAGACGGAUUUAAGAGCUGCAGCAAAUUCUGUUUUAUGAAAUUGAAGGUGAUUGGACCACUUAAGUAUUGCUUUGUGCUGCCUGUUUUGCUAGCUGCUGUUUUCCUGUAGCAGGCAUGAAUUCAAACCUGUGAGCUUUUUUCUCCUUUUUCUGAGCCUCUAGGGUGGAGAGGGUACAUAGCCCUUCUCCACAGAUGUCCAACUUCUGCCUGGACAGCACCACACAAACAUCUCUCUCCGGCGUUUAAAGCAGGAGGAGUUGCAGUGUUCCUGCAUGCAUUAUCUGCCUGGAAAGGGUCCAGGAGUUAAAAUUCUUUAAGUCAUCAUCAACCCAUCCUGCAUAGCACAUUAGCCUCUAGGGUAAGUAAAUUAUCUUUAAAAAAGAAGUGUUAAAAAAAAAAUAAGAGAGAGUGGGAAGUAGUCACUCUUCCUUUAAGGUGCUCUGGGACAUGCAGCAGUUGUUCCCUAAGUAAUCUGGUGCAUUCUUUCACUUGCUACCAUCAGUUUCUUGUGUUAAAGGUUUGGGGUAGGGUAUUCAGGUCAGGCUCUGCACGGCUAUGAACGUCUGACAGUUUUCCUGGCAGCUCUGGCUGGAAGGGACCUUUGGAGGUCUGCAGUCCAGCCUCCUGCUUGAAACAGGGUUGUUCUUAACGCUAAAUCCAGGCAGGUUUUGAACUGUAAAAAGUAUCUGUCUGAGACUUGACUUCUGCUAGCUUUAAGGCACUGAACGUAGUAUCACUUCAUAGGCCUUAUACAUUUUAUGUGCCACUUUGUUCUUGAAAUGAAGCUGUUUUAAAAGAAAUUAAUUGCGUACAAGUACUGGUGAUCUUUCAAAGAAACUGCAUUUACAGUAGGUUUAGUUGCUAGUGAAAGUUGGAAAGUAUUUUAGAGCUCUGCAGUGUGGCAGAAAAAGGAAAAAUGAAGAUAAUUGGCUAGAAAUGUCUCAAGUGCAGUAUGUUGGAUAAAAAUUCCUACAUCUCCCUGAAGGGAAUGGCUGUGUGAACAAGUUGUCCUGAAGCAGAUGAGGGUGUGGAUUUAUGGUGCUGGUAGCUCCUGAAGUGCAUACUCAUGCCCUAUAAAUGUGUUACUGGGGGAGGGGGUGAAAGGUCGAUGUAAGUGAUUACCACAGGGUAUCUAUCAGGUGCACUAUAACACACUAGCAUUUGCUGCAGGGUAACUUUUUUUUUCUAGGCUCACCUUCAGAACUGGGAGUUUAGCUGCUGCAAAAAUGGAAAUGAGAAA